UUUCAGUUGGUUGCAAAAUUUGGUUCGAAUCUAUUGCAGCGGUUUUCCGAAUGGAAAAUGGGAGAAAAAUGUAUAGAACACUUGAAAUCGUGGGCAGCUAGAUACUGUACUGUGGCAUUGUUGGUUCAUUUCGUGACUAUUGUGGACUCGGAAAUAUAUGUUGUAUCGUCAAGUGAAAUUGAAUUGGAAGAUGAUUAUCUGGAUGAGGACACACCCCCGGAAAUGAAACACGCCGUAUAUAUAUCAUCAAAUAACUAUUUGAAGAAGAAGAAACAUCACAAAGAUCUGUUCUUGUACAGUUUGCAACAAGCACCAUUAAGAAAAAAUUACGAAAAAUAUUCAAAUCAUCCACUGCCACUGAUUGUGAACGAAGCAAAACCACCUGAACACAAAACUGAAAUCGUCAGUAAAAAGCAGAAUUCGGCGUUCGUUUUAAAAGCAUUGUUACUGGUUGGGCUUCCCGUUCUAGUUGGGCUCUACAUUCUGAUCCUCGCGAAACUGAUGUUGGGUUUGAAGGCGAUCGCUUCGACCAAUGCUCUUACCAUAGGAAUACUGUCCACAAAGUACUUGCUUGAGAAGAAACACAAAAGUACCCAUCAAGGAGCAGCCCUACUCCCGUUAUACAUUCCGCUGGCGGUAUCCUCUAUCCUAUCCACCGCCGGAUUGCUUACUGGUGCCGCAGGAUUGAUAGGAUCCCUGAUCGGUAACAUCACUAUCGCGGUCAACAACACAAGACCUCCAAAUGGUGGCAGCACAACAGCCAGACCACCACCUCCAAGCACAGCCAAUCCACCGCCCAACGAGGAAAGAGAGUACUACGGUGCGGGAGUGCUGCAUCUUCCUUUGGCGAAUGAGAAUGGGCUGAUAACACGAACAAAGUUUAUGACCUCGACUGACGAUGCUCCGAAAGAGAAUAUUUUCAGCAAUGUGACGAGGAGGAUGACACGAACUGUAAAAGCGCUUUUUGAUAAGGUUUAUUCCGGCUUUCGGCAAAGUCACUUUCAGACUUACAUCUGGAAAAAAUCUAAUGAUUGAUUGUGCUUUGCAACCUAAACGUUCACAAAACCAAAUCGCACUACUCAGGAUUUAGAGAAUAUUCGUAAGUUAUCAGGUAAAAAAAAUAUACCAAAACUGCCAUCAACAAUAAAAGCUAACAGAAAUACAUAACUAUUAAAUUGUGAAA